CGCACGCCGCCUCCUCCCCGGAGCAUCUCUUCAACCCCACCGCCAGCAGCCCGACCACGCGUUCCCGCACACUCUUGCCUUUCCCUUGACACGGCCGACGCCGGAGGAUCGGGGCGGCAGUUUGCUAUUCCCCGUUUUAAUUAAAACAUUUCUUGCGUACUGUUGGAUUUGGGGUUUUUCUGGUUUGUUUUUUACGGUUUUUAUCUGACUUGAUAAAAAACCCACUGAAGACGUGUACGUGAGGUUUCCGGGACACAGGAGCGGAGACCACCGAGGCGGCCGCGCGGGUCGGUGCACCGCCAAGGACAAAAGGAGCCCGGCGCUAAGCUGCACCCGAUUCCUCCCAGAGCUCAGCAUGAAGAAAUCCGAAAUGGGAAGGUUCAGUAUUUCUCCGGAUGAGGACAGCAGCAGCUACAGCUCCAACAGCGACUUCAACUAUUCCUACCCCACCAAGCAAGCUGCUCUGAAAAGCCAUUAUGCAGAUGUAGAUCCUGAAAACCAGAACUUUUUACUUGAAUCGAACUCGGGGAAGAAGAAGUAUGAAACAGACUUUCAUCCAGGUACUACUUCCUUUGGAAUGUCAGUAUUUAAUCUGAGCAAUGCGAUUGUGGGCAGUGGAAUCCUUGGGCUUUCUUAUGCCAUGGCUAAUACUGGAAUUGCUCUUUUUAUAAUUCUCUUGACAUUUGUGUCCAUAUUUUCCCUGUAUUCUGUUCAUCUCCUUUUGAAGACUGCCAAUGAAGGAGGGUCUUUAUUAUAUGAACAAUUGGGACAUAAGGCAUUUGGAUUGGUUGGAAAGCUUGCAGCCUCUGGAUCAAUUACAAUGCAGAACAUUGGAGCUAUGUCAAGCUACCUCUUCAUAGUGAAAUAUGAGUUACCUUUGGUGAUCAAGGCAUUAAUGAACAUUGAAGAUACAACUGGACUGUGGUAUCUGAAUGGUGACUAUUUGGUCCUGCUGGUGUCACUGCUGCUCAUUCUCCCUUUGUCACUGCUGAGAAAUUUAGGAUACUUGGGAUAUACCAGUGGCCUUUCCUUGUUGUGUAUGAUGUUCUUUCUGAUUGUGGUGAUCUGCAAGAAAUUUCAGAUUCCUUGUCCUAUAGAAGCUGCUUUGGUAAUUAAUGAAACAAUAAACAACACCUUAACACAGCCAACAGCUUUUGCAUCUGAUUUGGCAUUUAACAUGACUGAAGAUGAUUCAUGUAGACCACGCUAUUUUAUUUUCAACUCACAGACUGUCUACGCUGUGCCCAUUCUGACCUUUUCUUUUGUGUGUCAUCCUGCUAUUCUUCCCAUCUAUGAAGAGCUGAAAGGCCGCAGCCGUAGAAGAAUGAUGAAUGUGUCCAAGAUUUCAUUUUUUGCCAUGUUCCUUAUGUACCUGCUUGCCGCCCUCUUUGGAUACCUGACAUUUUACGAACACGUUGAGUCAGAAUUGCUCCAUACCUACUCCACUGUUGUGGGAGCUGAUAUUCUUCUUCUCAUCGUCCGGCUGGCUGUGUUAGUGGCUGUCACUCUGACAGUUCCGGUCGUGAUUUUCCCGAUCCGGAGUUCCGUCACUCACCUCUUGUGUGCUUCAAAAGAUUUCAGUUGGUGGCGUCACACCGUUAUUACCGUGUCUAUCUUGGCAUUUACCAAUCUCCUUGUCAUCUUUGUCCCAACUAUCAGGGAUAUCUUUGGUUUCAUUGGUGCAUCUGCAGCCGCUAUGUUGAUUUUUAUUCUUCCAUCUGCCUUCUAUAUCAAGUUGGUGAAGAAAGAGUCUAUGAAGUCUAUACAGAAGAUUGGGGCUCUGCUCUUCCUGUUGAGCGGCAUAGUGGUGAUGUUCGGAAGCAUGGCCUUGAUUGUUUUGGAUUGGGUACACAAUUCCUCUGGAGGCGGCCAUUAACCUGCACCGUUCACACUCGGCCCAUCUGAUGCCAGUGUUGAGUCAACUCAACUACUACGAUAUUUCACCUAAGGUUUUCAGUUUCACUUCCUUUUGAAGUGCAGAUUCCUCGCUGGUUCUUCUGAGUGCAGAAUAAGUGAACUCUUUUUUUUUUUUUUAAGUUUUUUAUUUUUAUUUUUUUUAAAGAAACUUAUCUGUAUGUUAGAAAUGGAUAUGAACAACAAAACCACGAGUCUCGGGUUAAGGGAAGUGACAAUUUUAUUCCAUUCCAGAGAAUGGACGAACUCUUAACUUUUAUCAAGCCACAUGUUUGGCUGUGUCAUUGUUUAACUUGGAUAUUUUAUGAUUUUACUUGAAUGUGCCUAAUGGAACCAUUCGAUGUGAAAACAGUUCUUCUUAAUUUACAGCAAAGUAUUGAAAUAACCAUCGGAAAAAACACUAUUUUUUUGUACCAAAAAUACUUAAAGACCUCAGAAGCACUAGUUUACUUUUAAGAAGUUGCUUUUUUUGAAUUUUAUCCAGAACCGUUGUCAAUAAGUUCCGUACAACAACUUCAUUGGUAUUUAAAAAUGAAUGUUAGUAUUAUGAAAUGAUUUGCCUUUUUGUAGGCAUAAUAAGCCAAAUACUUUUUUACCCAAAAUAAUUUUUAGAGAAAACAAUGUAAUGAAAAAUUGUACCAUGAAUUAGGAACAUAGUUUUUCACUUAAACUUAACCAUUACUGAAAGGAUAAUUGAUUGAUUGUUUGCUAUACCAAAUCAGAUGAACUUGGUUCAUCACUUCUCUUCUCUGUCCCCAAGUAAUUUGGUUCGUUCAGACUGAAAUGUUUAUGUCUUCAACUUACUAGAAUGGAAGAUAAUGCGAUAAUAAUUUCUGUGGGAAAUAAGAUAACUAAUUUUGAGGUACCAAAUAGUGCAAUUGGGUAAAACAGGGUUUAUUCAGUUGCAUCCGUUCCCAGAGUUGUAUUGCCAACUCUGGAUCUUUUUUUGGGCCAGCCCUUUUUUGACAUUGCUUCCAGCAGUGGAAAAUGGGCAUUUGAUGGCAAUAGGCCAAAACUAUUCUAUCCAGAGAGUACAACGUUUCAAAAUGCUCACCUACUGGAAGUGUGAAUUACUUGACAAUGUAUGGCUUAGUUAUGUUCAUGUUUUGUCUACAGUAGAGGUCUAAUCCACAGGCUACACCAAUGUAUGAUACAAGUUCUCUUUGUAUAGGCCACUGGGUUUCUUAUGCAGUAAGUUUUUACAAAACUCACUUGCACUGGAUUGUCAUCUCAUUCUUGUACAACGUAGAAGUAUUUGUUUACAUACAACAAAUGGUUAGCUGGGGGAAACAGUGCAGCCUGAGUGUAAGUAGUUGUUUUGGUCCAACUGCAUGUCAACCUUUCCAUUUCAAUUCCAGUUAGAGCUGAAAACAUUACUUUGAACUUGGCUUUAAGAGCACAUUUAUCGUACGUUACAGUGUAUGGUGAAUAUAUUAUUAAAUAAUGUGGUACUUUGCUCAUUAGGCAUAAUGUCUAAAAUCUUAUAUACAUAAUUCCAUUUAAGUGGUUGAGGGAAGCAAAUAAUGGAAUCAUCAGUUGGUCAUCUGGCUCUAAGGUUUUCCCUUGAACUAAACAUUUUUAGUUUUGGGCAAGGGUCAGAUAUGUGGCAGACAUGGUUUUUGUUACACAUUCUUGUAUUAUAUGUGACUAAAUUUACAGACAAGAUACAUAUGUAAUUAAAGACCCUUAUAGAACUGGAAGACGUCUUGUAGUGCUACACUGAGUGAAACCAAUGGUCCAUGUUUAUUUGUUUCUACCAAGGUAAAGUAGUUGGGGACCAUCUAGAGAUAGAAGGGCAGUGAGAAGACAGUUCUACAGCACUGCUUCCAUUUAAUUGGGCUUUGGGCACUCCAUUUGAAUCCAGAACCUCACCUUUAGUUCAGACCAAGAGUUGGCACUUCUGCUUGAGUUCCUGGAAAGAGCUGCUGACUUUCUAUCUAAGACCCCUCGGUGAAUGCCAAGGAAAGAGUUGUUUUCUACAAGAUAAUACUAUGGCAACCAGGAAGGAAUGGAAAAAAAGGAAUCUUCUUACAGCAACUCAAUGUGGGGAAGCUCCUCCAAUCCUCUGGGUGUUUGAGGUUCAAAAUCAGCUGCCCAGAGUAAACUCCAAUGCAUGAUUUUCUUAGAGCUGUCUUGUCUGCCUUGAGGUUCCUACACAGUGAAUCCCCAUUAAUGAGCAGUCUUCAGUAUUAAAACCACUGUCCUGUCACCUCAUUCGCAUUACUGUCUUCCGUGGAUGUUUCAGUUAUAACUGUAAUGUUAUUUAUAGAACAGCAUUAAUCCAUUAAAGCUAACCUAUUUUUCAAUAUUUAUGAUAAUCUCUGUACAUAUAUUGUCUGUCCAUAUGUAUUUGUAAAUAGAUUGUAUAUAAUGUGAGGUUUGGGUCUUGGGUUCAAGUGUAUAUAUUCCUGUAAGUUUCUUAACUGCAUUUCGAUGAAUUCACGUUAAUGUAUCUAUAAGAAUUGUCUCAAAAGUACCUGUACAGAAAAUUGAAUAUAAAAAAAAUUGACAAAUUGUGUACAAACACCAAAAACAAAAUACUUGUUAAAAGUCGUAUUUGCAAUAAACUGAACAUCAAAUUUUUUCAUGAAAAACUUGGUGCAAAUUCAGAUCUUUUAUUUAAAUUUUAAAUAAGGUCUAAAUUUUCAAAAUGCAGUAGUUAACCAAAAUGUGAUCUAGUGUAAUGAAAUCAAAUGUGACGUAGUGUAAUGAAAGACCUUUGAGAACCCAGGUGUGUUAACUUUGUGUAUAUAAUGUAAAAUAUGCCCACUGUACUGUUAGAGGCCAACAGUUCUGGUUUGGCUUGUUGGCAAAGAGUGCUACACCGUUUCAAUGAAACAAUGUAUGUUUGUUUUAACUGAACUAAAAUAAAUACAUGCUUAAUCCUGA